AUGUCUGAACCAAAUUGGCGGCCCGGCAAGAGAGUUGCUAUAGCUGGGGGUGGCCCUGCUGCUGUUUCAACUGCUCUGGCAUUCAUUCAACGAGGCUACGAUGUCCGUGUUUUCGAGCGACAGUCAGAGUGCAAGCCUAUCGGAGGCGCAGUCUUACUCAACAUCCCUGUUCUAGCAAUUUUACGCUCCUACGGAAUGCCUAUGGAAAAUGUCGGGUCUUUCACUGCAACUUCCUUUCAAAACAAGCAAGGUCUUGAACGCGUUGAGCUCCCCUUCAAUAAAGAGGUUGAAAAGCGCAUGGGUAUCAAGGGUUGGCAAUAUGGCGUCUUGCGCUCGUCACUCUUCAAGAAAAUGCUCGAUCUUCUUCCAAGCGGAGUGAUAUUCAAUGAUCACGAGUUCGAAUCUUAUUCCGAACUCCCAGGCCAGGAGGGUGUGGAAGUCAAGUUCCGCAAUGGAGAGACAGUUGUUGCCGACCUCUUGGUUGGCGCAGAUGGUAUACGCUCCGGUGUUUCACGUCAAGCAUUCGGCGAUCCAAAGCUUUUCCACGCAGGUGUCCGUGUCUGGCUCGCCUGGUGUGACAAGAUCCCUGGUAUUCCGGAAAACUAUGGUGUCAUAUCCCAUGACUGGCAGUACCAAGCUAGUUUCUUCCCCAUGCUCCACGAAGGAAAGCCCGGGUUUGAAUGGUGGGUCGUGGAAUGGUCUUACGAUGGCAAGCCCGUACCUGAAAACCCCAAGGAAUACCUGACCAACAUCCUCAAAGAUUGGUCACAGCCUCUGCCGCGGCUCCUCGAGGCCUCCGACUUCGACUCGCAGGUAUACCGAUGGGAGAUCUUCAACCGACCGUCCAUGAAGACAUGGUCAACUGGGCGUGUCAUGUGCAUUGGUGACGCGAUUCACCCAGUAUCACCCUAUGCCGCGUAUGGUCUCGGUAUGGCGAUUGAAGAUGGCUACUUCUUGGCCAGAUCUCUUGAAGGGGUCGACUUGCGUAAUAUGUCCGCUGUCAAGGCUGGCUUCGAGAUCUUUGAAAGUCAGCGUGUUGAUUAUGUGAACCAUAACAUGGAGUUUGCUCGCUUUAGCGGCUAUAUGUUCCACUCGCUGCCUUGGCCCCUUGCCAAGAUUCGAGACUGGAUCUUUGAUUAUACUCCUUUUUUGGGCAGUCUCUUGAAGAAGGACUAUCUAAAAAAGGCCGAGGAGCAGACGAUGAAUAUGAAAGAGCUUCACGUUGUUUGA